UUCCUCCGGUAUAUUUCUCCAAAGCUGAAAGAGGAGGCGGUAUAAGCAACAGGGUCUCCAAGGCGGAUAGUGGUUUCAACGCAUUACGUACUGAUUAAAUAAAAAUGCAGAUCUUUGUGAAGACGCUCACGGGCAAGACCAUCACCCUGGAGGUUGAACCCAGCGACACAAUUGAGAACGUGAAAGCGAAAAUCCAGGACAAAGAAGGCAUUCCUCCUGACCAGCAGAGGCUGAUCUUUGCUGGCAAGCAACUGGAAGAUGGCCGCACCCUGUCCGACUACAACAUCCAGAAGGAGUCCACUCUUCACCUGGUGCUCCGUCUCAGGGGGGGCAUGCAGAUCUUUGUGAAGACGCUCACGGGCAAGACCAUCACCCUGGAGGUUGAACCCAGCGACACAAUUGAGAACGUGAAAGCGAAAAUCCAGGACAAAGAAGGCAUUCCUCCUGACCAGCAGAGGCUGAUCUUUGCUGGCAAGCAACUGGAAGAUGGCCGCACCCUGUCCGACUACAACAUCCAGAAGGAGUCCACUCUUCACCUGGUGCUCCGUCUCAGGGGGGGCAUGCAGAUCUUUGUGAAGACGCUCACGGGCAAGACCAUCACCCUGGAGGUUGAACCCAGCGACACAAUUGAGAACGUGAAAGCGAAAAUCCAGGACAAAGAAGGCAUUCCUCCUGACCAGCAGAGGCUGAUCUUUGCUGGCAAGCAACUGGAAGAUGGCCGCACCCUGUCCGACUACAACAUCCAGAAGGAGUCCACUCUUCACCUGGUGCUCCGUCUCAGGGGAGGGCAAUAACUCUUCUCUCCCCACUUUUUUUUCCCUUCUUCAUGCGGUGUGUUUAUUGUUGAAAAACAGUCACUUUUAACAUGCUCUAUGUUCUAAUGUGUAUAGGUCUUUACAUCAAAAGGCAGAAAUUGGGAUUGUUGAAACACUUAAAAGUAGAGGCGUUGGUCCCUAGUCGCCUUUAAAUUUUUGCUUUGCUAUAAAAAAGCAAAUGUUCAGUGUCGUAUGAUGCUAGUGUAAUCAUUGAAUAGUUAGAUAUUGAAUUUAGGGUUCAUUAAAGAUGGUCAGUAGUGCUUCACAAGUUGAUAUAAGCAAUGCUGUGGGGUAUUAAGGAGAUUUUGUCUGGAAUGUACUUCUGUUUUCAUAUUUUCCUUUGAAUGAAAGUGCAAAAUGUACAAGUACUGUAUUCUAAUAAAAGAAGCAUGUGAUGAUAAAGUGCUGUCAAGUUAAACUGAGUUUUCAUACAUACAGUUUUUUGAAGUCUUUUUAUCCCCCCCCAUGAAAAGAGCAUAACCAUUCAAAUGCUGCCUUAAAGCUCCACCCAGUGCUCUGACAAUGAU